UAAUGAAUUUUGUGAUGACUUAAACAAUAUAUAAUUUGAUGGUUGUUAUAAAUGCUAAUAAAGUUGCUAAUUAGAAUGUAAAUACUGUAUAGAUCAAAAAUGCUCUAUUUGUAUUGAUGGUUGGAACAUUAUAGACAAUAGAUGCUAUCAAGUAUGUGGAGAUGGUUAAUUGGCUAUUGCUUCUUAAGAAUAAUGCGAUGAUGGCAAUUAUAAUCCUUAUGAUGGGUGUUAUGAUUGCAAAUUUGAAUGUGAUCAAAAUUGUUUCUCAUGUCCUUUAUCUGGAGUUUGUUUAUUUUGUAAAGACAAUUUCGAAAUGGAUGAAAAUAAGAAAUGCAAGCCUAUAUGUUGAGACGGAAUAAUUGAGUAAGGAUUAGAAGAAUGUGAAGAUUUCAAUGAUAUUAAAUAUGAUGGUUGUUAUUAAUGUAUGUUCUAAUGUGAAAUUAAUUGUUCCAAAUGCAUUUAAGGUAUCUGUUAAGAAUGUUAAGAAGGAUAUGAUUUAAUGGUUGAGGGAUGCUUUAAAAUAAUUAUUGCAAAUGAAAUUGAUGUUUUAGAAUGUGAAGAAAAAAAAUAAACCAUCUCCGCAAUAAUGAUUAGUAGGAGUAGCUAAGUUUUAAUCAUCCUCUUAGUUUUAUUGUAAGCAAGCUCCUUAAAAACAAUUAGAACAUAGAAUUUGGCAAGAAUAUUUACAUUGAUAGCAACCAUCAAAUUAUAUUUAAUUACCAUCAUCACAUUAUUCAUAUUCUGAAAUAAUUAUUCCAUCCCACAUUUUG